UGGAGUUUAUCUGCUACCACUUCUGAACAGGGUAACUGGGUUGCAGGUGGAGAGACCUGGUGUUUGGGAAGCAUCUGGGACAAAUACAGCAGGCGGGAUGGCAGCGAUCAUCAAGAGGCAGAUCCUAAAGCACUUAUCAAGGUUUACCAAGAACUUGUCACCAGAACAAAUAAAUUUGAGCACCCUGCGUGGUGAGGGACAUUUGACAGACUUGCAACUAGAUGAAGAGGCACUACAGAACAUGCUUGAUUUGCCAACAUGGCUUGCUGUUACACGUGUCUACUGUAAUCGUGCUGCUAUUCGGGUAUUAAGUAUGUGCCAAAUAGACUGUGGCAAGUCUAGGAGCAGAUCUGAGCUCAUCGAUUUUUCUACUGAGGGGUUUAUUGGAGUUAUCUCCAAUGCCGAUGUUUGCGCCCAGGUGUCAGCUGUAUUACACAGCUGGCAAUGCCACGUAUGGUGCAGGGUCAGCUUGUGA